CGGGUCGGCAAGUGAAUUCGAAGAUAUGCCCUAAACAACCCAUCCUUCAAUACACCCCUGUUUCAAUUCCCAAACACGGUGCUAAACCCCACACUCUUGCCGGAAUAUUUCACCGCCGAGCGUACAGACUCUCAACGAGCUAAAAAUGUCGGUUCUGAUCGUGACAAGCCUGGGCGACAUCGUCGUUGAUUUGCACACAGACCGCUGUCCAUUAACGUGCAAGAAUUUCUUAAAGCUCUGCAAGAUUAAGUAUUACAAUGGAUGCCUGUUUCACAAUGUUCAGAAGGAUUUCACUGCACAGACGGGUGAUCCUACUGGGACAGGAUCUGGCGGGGACUCUAUUUACAAAUACUUAUACGGAGAUCAAGCUCGCUUUUUCGGUGACGAGAUUCAUUUGGAUUUAAAGCAUUCUAAGACUGGCACAGUUGCUAUGGCCAGUGCUGGACAGAAUCUCAAUGCUUCUCAGUUCUACAUGACACUGCGUGAUGAUCUUGACUACCUGGACGAGAAGCACACUAUUUUCGGGGAGGUUGCAGAAGGGCUUGAAACACUGAGUAGGAUAAAUGAAGCUUAUGUAGAUGAGAAGGGCAGGCCAUACAAAAAUAUCAGAAUUAAACACACUUAUAUACUUGAAGAUCCUUUUGAUGAUCCACCACAACUUGCUGAGCUUGUGCCGGAUGCCUCUCCUGAAGGCAAACCCAAAGAUGAGGUUGAUGAUGAAGUACGACUUGAAGAUGACUGGGUACCCAUGGACGAGCAGUUGGCUCCAGGAGAGCUUGAAGAAGUUAUCCGAACAAAGGAAGCACAUUCCAGAGCAGUAGUGCUUGAAAGUAUUGGGGACAUUCCAGAUGCUGAAAUAAAGCCUCCUGAGAAUGUGUUGUUUGUUUGUAAGCUAAAUCCAGUAACUGAAGAUGAGGAUUUGCACACAAUCUUCUCAAGAUUUGGAACUGUUACUUCGGCUGACAUAAUCCGGGAUUUUAAAACUGGGGACAGUUUAUGCUAUGCUUUCAUUGAAUUUGAAGAUACAGAAUCCUGCAAUCAAGCAUAUUAUAAGAUGGAUAAUGCUCUGAUUGAUGAUAGAAGGAUACAUGUUGAUUUUAGUCAAAGUGUUGCAAAGCUUUGGUCUCAAUACCGGCGUAAAGAUCAGCAGAAUGGAAACAAAAAAGGUUGCUUUAAAUGUGGUGCCCCUGAUCACAUUGCCAAGGAUUGUACUGGUAGCCCAACUGCAAAGCACCAACCUGCAAAGUACAUCUUGAAAGAUGACAAUACCCAGCGUGGUAGCAACAACAAGUCUAGUUAUGAAAUGGUUUUUGAUGGAGAAUCUGGUGGAAGUCCACGACGAAGUAAGGCUCAUGGUAAAUAUGAAGUCGAGGAUCAUAAUGGGAAACCAAACAUGAACCACCAACGUCCGGAUGAACGCAAGUCCAGGGAUUACAGGAAUAGAGACUCUCAUGAUAGGCAUAGGCAUAUUGACAGAGAACAGAGAGAGGAUGAGAGAGAUGGGGGUAGAAACCAUUCACGAAGUGGUAGGGAUCAAGGUCACAGCAGAAGGGAAGGGAAGGAGUUUAGAAACGAAAGUGGCAGUAUUCGCAGAGAUGGAAAAGUGCAUGACGAGUACAAGAAAAGGAGUUUAGAAAGUGAUAGUCUUCGAGAUGAGAAGCAUGAGAGAGAUUAUUCAAAGAGGAGUACAGUUGAAGGUAGCCGUAGGGAUGAAAGAGAGUUAAAAAGUAGGAGUAAUGAGAAGAGUAAUCCCGGAGAUAGGAGGGAUGUCAGACAUUAUGAAAAGGGAAGUGCAGAGAAUAACUCGCGUGGAGAUACAAAAGAUGAAAGAGAGCGUAAACGGAGUGUCGAGAAAGAAUCUCAUGGAGGCAGGAGGGAUGAUAGGGAGUACAGAAAGAGGAAUGCAGAGACUGGGCACCAUGGAAGCAGGCGUGAUGAAAGAGAUUAUAAGCGAAGGAGCACAGAUGAUGAUGUUCGAGCUGAUCAGACUGAAGAUGGGAGUGAAAGAAAGGGAAAAGUACAUGAUUAUAAGCGAGACAGAAGAGAUGAGCCAUAUGAUAGAAAGACGCAUAAUAAUUCUGAUGGUCACAAAAGCAGCAGGGAGGAUCAGGAUUAUGAAAAGAGAAAGACCAAGUAAUGCUGCUACUCAUGAUAAUCGAGUGGUUGAUGGUGUCUCGGAUGGAAGCAAUCGACUUUAGAAGAGGGAAGUGUCGUAAUGUCGUGUACCAUGGAUUCCAAAGUCGGUAGCUUUGGAUGAACGAGUUAGUAAGUUUAUGUAUGAGAUUUCAUAUAUGUAUCCAUGGAUUUGCAGAGUGUAAUUACCUAUGAAAGUCUGUUGCAGCAUUUUAGUUAUUAAUCAGUCUUCCAAGGUGACUACCAAAAUUUUCUUUAUUCAGACAGAAUUCUUUGUCAUCAAAUUGUUCUGUUUUAGAAACAUUAUAUAGCAGACAAUUCUUUAUUUAGUAACAUUAUAUAGCAGACAAUUCCUUAUUUAGUAGAUAAGCCAUGGAAUUGUCAACUGCUGGCUGGGUAAGUUUGUUUUAUGUGACGCUUAUUUGCAGGUGUUUACCAAGUUUUUGUUCAUCGACUUUGGAGUGGUUUUUAUUGAUGUAUCAUAUUUUUGUUUUUGUUUUUGUUUA